UUUUUUUCGAUUUUAUGACCCAAUGAAGUACUUGGCGCAUUUCUUUUCCACCUUUAAGCCGAUUUGCCGUCUAAUAAAAGGCGACCGCAUCCCAUCUGUUUCUGAAUAGGAACAAUAUGGACACAACGAGUAAACGGAAAAACACACCCCUCAAGCUCUCUUUCGCUUUUUCUUCUUUUUUUUUUUCCUUAUUUUUCUUCAUGCCCUUUUCCACGACUCCGUAGUCCUUUUUGUCCUUUUGUGAACCAUUUUUACUGCAUAUGUUGAUAUUGCCUCCCGACCUCGCCAGCCAUAACAAAAUAAAACAGCAGCAGCAGCAGUAACAAAGCUACAUACAUACAUAACACAUACACACCCAUUACCACACAGCAAUGAGCAGCAGCAGCAGCAGCAGCACCACUACACCACCGGCAGAUCAGUCAACAUCAUCAUACCCUCUCGAUCCCCUGAAUCAGCUAACCAGCGAAAAGCAGCGACUUGCUGCAAGGCGUGAAAACAACGGCGACAGCGACACCCAUACCACCACCGACCCGCGUUCCUCGGCGCCGAACAACGCGGACUCACAGCAACAGCAACAACAGCAGCAACAAAGUACGACUGCACCCGAUUCAAUCCACGAAGAUCUGUUCUAUGGUGAAAACGGAGGCGAGUCGGCGGCAAUAUACAGCAAAGAAGCAACGCUAUCGAGUAAUCGGGAGGAGGAUUUGUUUGUAAAAGCCAGCUGGCGUUUAAAGCUGUUAAUUUUGUUUUGCAUGCUUGCAUUGCCCGUGGGCUGUCAUUAUUUGGAAGCCACCGUGGGUACACUGAAAACGGCACUCAAAGAUAACAUGCACAUCAACAAUACCCAGUUCGGUAUCCUCGUUUCUGCGGUUACCCUGGUAAACACGGUCCUGCCACUGUUUGCCGGCAUUUUCAUUGACGAUUUGUCCAGCCUUGGAUCAAUUCGUGGUACAACCCUCGUCAGCAUUGUUAUUUUCAUUGGCAGCAUGCUCGUAUCUAUUGGCAGUGGCCGAAACAGCUUUCCAAUCAUGGUGGCUGGUCAAGUUGUUUAUGGUUUAGGUGGCGGCAUGAUCGUUACUAUGCAAGAAGGCAUCUUAUCUCGCUGGUUCAGAGAUCGAGAAUUAGCCAUUGUGAUUGGUAUUUUAUUAUGUGUUGCACGGUUGACAAAGUGGGCUGCCAAAAUGGUCUGCUAUCCGAUUGUCUAUUCGAGCGGUUCCCAUUCCUGGCCGAUCCAUGUGGCGACCAUCUUUUGUGCAGCAGGCGUAUUGAUGAAUGUCCUGUACUGGAUGGUAAUGUGGCAUAACGGCUGGGCAACCUUGACGGGCAGAGAAAUUGCCCAGCCAAAGCACAAGUAUCGCAACCAUUUCAAUAACAGUAACACGGUAACGCCUGUGCCAAGUCGACGCCUCUCUGUGAUAUCUCAGGCAGCGGCUACCAUGAAUACGAAUACGCGCCGUCGCAAACCGUCUGGAUUUCAAUUCUCGUACAAGCUAUUUCUGUAUGUGCCUGGCACGUUUUGGAUGAUCCCUUGGAUCCAACUGAUCAUGUCCAGUGUACUGAGCAGCUUUGAUGAUAUCGCGACUGAAUUUGUUCAGUUUCGCUUCCAGACAACGAGUAUCAUGGCUGGCUAUCAAAGCAGUUUGACUCAAGUUGUUCCAAUCGUGGUGGCUCCUAUCAUGGGCAUUGCUGUACAUCGUUAUGGCCAACGUGUCACUAGCUUGCUCUUUGCCACAUUGGUACUGAUUCUAUCCAUGGUGUUGCUGGCCCACACAUGGAUUGUGCCUGCUGCAGGCAUGAUUAUCUUUUCAAUAGCACUUGCAUUAGGCCCAGUGUCCGUACUGAGCUCCACAUCCAUGUUGCUACCACACGAGUUGGCCGGCACGGGCAUGGGUCUGCACAAAUGUGCCAACAAUAUCGGCACAACGAUUGUCGCUGUGAUUGUUGGCUAUGUUCAAGACCUGACUUACCAUGACGGCGACUCGGCAGAUGACCACAGGGACCUGCAAAAUGAAUACAAUGGGGUCAUGACCAUGUAUCUCGUCAUGGCAUGCAGCUCGACGCUGGUCGUCGGGGUCUUUUGGCUGAUGGAUCACAAGAUUCUCAAGGGAUGGUUGCAAGCAGAUAAGACCGAGCGGGAUCGACGACUCGACGUGGCCAAGCAUGAACAAGAUGAAGAAGACCGUGCUGUUCGAUACCCUUAUUACGGCGUGGCGCCCGAGGAGCAGGAAAAGCGCAGGAAUAUGGCACUACAAAUGAUUGGCAGUCGGAUGCGAUCCAAAAAGACAUAUGUUUAUGUCACAAUCUAUACCUUUUGGUUUGUGGCCGCGUGGGUCAUUUUCUUUACCUUUGCUCUUAUGCCUGUAUAUCAAAACUACACUAUCCAUUAAUAAAAUUGUAUAUUUUAUUUGACCUUUUGUACAUUUAAAUAAAAACUGUCGUCCCUACUGUAUCAUAAUGCUUUCGAAACAGCUAUGUAUGUCGCGUUUGCUGAUUCAAACAAUCCCAAUCGAGAAUAGAGUCUCAGGCGAACAGAUCUUCUCGUAACAGUUUCAACGAUUGCAUAGCAGCACAGAUGGUUCAGUUAGAGACAAG